UCCAGUGAGCACUACACACGCACAUACACCAAAAAUGUUCAUUCGACCAUACCUCUGCACAGUAGCCGAACCUGCGUUCUUCCUCUGAUGAUCGUCGCACGACCUGUUGCACUCCCUGCUCCGUACUCUGUAUCCCGUGCCCUGCCAAUUGUCAGAGAUGACCGAAGACGUCUGCUCUUGCGUCCGGACCUCCAUGCCCGCCUCAAGAGCCUCUGUGAGCAUCAUGCUCUUUAUCAGACAGUCAAGAGAUCUGAAGUUUGAGAUUUUGGUUGUCGUCGUCGAUGAUGAUGAUGACGAUGUUGAUGGGUGGUACAAAUACAAGGUGCUCACUUCUUCUUCUUCUUCUUCUCCUUCUCUUGCGUCUGCUUCUGCUUCACUGUCUACUCCCCCCUUUCUCCUGUCUACUACCAGGCAGAAAUUCCCCUUCUGGAAGCGCCGGCGAGUAAUUCGUCUCUGUUCCUGCUACCCUUUGAGGCAGCCCUGACUGAAGAGAGCCCAAAUGCAUGCUGAAAGUGCGCACCUCGAGGGGGCUUCUGGACACACAGAGAUCCGGAGAGCCAGAGCACGUAACCCAGAGAGACAAGAG